CGUUGGCGGAUUAUACGGACAAGGAAGUAAUAAUUAUUUUUUAACUACUCAUAAAAUACUUAAUCCAAAAAAACUUUGAAGAUCAUAUGAAUGAAAAAGAAUGGUGCCGACAAGAAAAGCGCCUAGAUCGUCAAAACAUAAACGAAACAAAUUUAUGUGCAGUCUAUGAUUUGCAGGCUGUCCUGCAAUGCCCUACUGGUGAUACGUCUGCUUUCUUUUACAAGUCUAAAUUAAAUUGCCUUAAUUUUACUAUAGUGCAAAUGUUAAAAAAAGCAGACCCAACACAUGAUUCGAAUGACAGAACCGCUGAACAGGUAAUUGGGGCAUACGAUAAUGUGUAUUCAUAUUUCUGGGAUGAAUUACAGGGUAAAAGGGGGGCCAAUGAGAUUGGAUCAUGUAUUUUUGAUUACCUCAAACGUUUAAAUGACCAAAAUCCAAACAAACAACUCAAUGUGAUAUUUUACUCAGAUAAUUGUUGCGGCCAAAAUAAAAACAAGUACAUCGCGUCGUUGUAUUCUUAUGCAGUAACUUGUUUUGAGAACAUUCACACAAUUACACAUAAAUACUUAAUAAAAGGGCACACACAAAACGAAGGGGACAAUGUCCACAGUCUAAUUGAAAAGGAAAUAAAAAGAAAUAAAAAAUCGGGACCCAUAUACACGCCAUACCAAUAUGUUACUUUAAUAAAAAACUCUCGUAAAACUGGUAAACCUUUUCAUGUGAUGGAGUUGACUUUUGAUUUCUUCAUUGAUUUUCAAAAAUUGCAAGAAAACUGGGGUUAUAAUUACAACGAAGAUGAACAUAAAAACAUUUUGGCGUGGAACGCUAUCAAGGUUCUGAAAUUUUGUAAGGCUGAACAGUUUGUGAUUUAUUAUAAGACAUCGUACAGCCAAAACGAAUUUACUAAGAUCAAUAUCAGAAAUAAGCGAAAGAAAAUGCCAGGCCCUGGAGAAAUAGCCCUCAAAAAAGCUUUUUCUCAAAAACAGGAAUUAGGUGAACAUAAGAAGAAAGACUUACGCGAUCUCAUUAAUCAUAACUUGAUACCUAGUUAUUAUGCAGAUUUUUAUAGUUCUAUUCUCUAAUUUUCAAAGUUUAUGAUUACAUUGAUAAUUAUUAAUAAGAAAUAUGUAGUUACAGUGAGCAUAAACAUAACUAAGGUGCCUAUUAUGUGAUCUCUUUAGUAUAACAUAUUUGUAAGUAGUAAAAUGGACAAAAUGAUCUUGUUUACGAUCUGUAUUUUUGUUUAAAUCUUUUUUUAAGUAUAUUAGAUUUAUUU